ACCAGGAACAAACUUUUCCUUUCUGCUCUGCUGCUCCGAACGAUGGAGCAAACUACAAGUGAAACCCUUCAAAAAACAUUUACUUGCCAAUUGUGUGGUUUAAGUAUCCCUUAUACUUACUACGGCCAGAAACCACCAAACACUAGAGCCAUUGUACUGCUUGAGGAGUGUUUUGUGACCAAGGACCCCUUCAGUCCCGAGAAGGAAAAGUUUCUGGUUUUGGGGUCUACCUGCAGCCUGUGUAGCCUGUGUGUCUGUGUGGGACCGGACUGCAGCCUUUUCUACACCAAGAGGUUCUGCAUGCAGUGUGUGAACAAACACUUGGACCAGUUCCCCCAUCAGAUUCAGGCCGAGCUGGCCAAGAAGAAGCAGAGCUCCAAGGCUGCCGUCUCAUGACACUGGGCAAGAAGUCCAUAUCCUGCUCAGGUGUCUUGGACAAAUAUCUGAAUAGCUUUUGUCAUUAAUUGUUUUUAUUAGCACUUUUGAUUAAACCCAUACUGGACUAAACUAUAAAUACCACGCCGAACAACAAAACAUCCUGUAUUUUAUCAGCAUCGCUCUGGGUUAUUAUUAUUAUUGUGCUGGGAAAUUAACACACGUCCAUCAGAAAAAUCCUAGUUUAUGAUUGUGGCCUGUACGUUCGCCGGCUGCAUUAGCCAACCAGGUUUUAUUUGUUUAUUAUAGAGUUUUAUAGAAGCAAACAGCAGGUGCGACUAGAGUUGCCAGACCCCAGUUGGACUGUGUUUGCAGGCUCAUAAUCAGACCUCCCGAUUAAAAAUGGCUCCCAGUUUAAAAUCUCAUUGUCAUGUACUGGAUGUGGAUAGCUGCUCUGAAGUUGAUCUAAAUUUUCUGUUGCUGUCCAACUUUUUAGAGGCAUGGCAACGUUUCAAACAUGUGGACACUAUCAGUACAACUCUUUUCUGUAUUAAUUAAUAAUCAAAUUCCAUUUCAGCUUCUUUGCAAACCAUUUCAACAGUAUUACAACUAAGAAUGUAUGGCUCAGAGGAGCAAUGUGGGAGCAAUAGCAUUUCCCAAGACCAGUUGCUAGUCUGACUGAAAACCAGAUUCAUGUUUCCACUGGUGUUGAAACAGAAAGAAAUUAAUAAAUCACCUACAAUUUCUCUGUGUACUUGAUGAAUUGUGCUUGUUGUGCAAUUUUUUUCAGUGUGCCUUUUUAUGAGAACACAUUUUUAUUGGUUUUCAGCAACAUAUGGUAAUGGUAACAUUUAUAAAACGCAUCCUCUCUAACAAUAGACACAUGUAUGUGUUGACAGUGACACAUCCUUUGCAUCACUGCUGUCCCUUUGAUUUCUUUGUUCAUGGUCAAAGGCUGAUCUGUUGACUUCUGUGGAGUCAAAGAAAAUAUUUGUUCUGUUAUCUGAAACCAUAAAACACACACACAUAAAGUGACCUGUCUGUGUUGUUUUGUCACUGUUUAAUCGUUGAUCAUAACUAAUGUUUAACUAACUUUAAUUUCACUGUCAAAAUCUGCUGCAGUUGCAUCAUCCUGCCCAGUUACAUUUAGUGGUAUGAAACUGUUAAUACCAUUUUGUCAUUUUAAAAAUACACACAGUGUCAAACCUAGCUUCUCAGCUAACAAUGAUCAAACUAACACUGUACGGGUGUGAUCAUAAAAUAUCUAUAGUGCUUUAGGCAUCACUUCCUGGUGGAGAAAUCUUAACCUUGGCUCAGCAAAACUGUAAUAAAACAUAAACUUUGUUUUUCCCCUCUGAAGUUACGUGAAUG